UUUACUUUCGGUGAACGGAGCUACUACAACCUAAUACCAACUUGAAUGAAUUCUAAACAUAACAGACCGCAUCUGAAAAAUAGUGCACAGAUGUAGGCGAGCACGCACUUUGAGAUAAGCGUGCAAUGUCACCCUUUGAGACCCAGGUGACAUCUAACGUUACACGCUCCGCCCAGCUGGAAGCGAGAGGACGAUGUCGGAAUGCCUCGGGAAGUCAGUCUGGACGGUACCGUGUGGUUGUUGCCUGCCGUGGUUAGUUUCUUUAUAAGACUACAUAUUGUUUUGUAUGAGGAUUUCACAUCAUGGACAUGGCCGGGUUUUGUUUACGUUGUCCCGUCGCUUCACGGACCGUCUUUUCCCGUCGGUAAUGCUCGGUGUUAUCAGUUGGUCGGCGUUAACACGGUGACAGUUAUUAACUAACGGCUCCGUGGUACAGUAGUUUCGGGCUAUUUUUAACGUUAAAGUGGAAGUACUAUGGGCUAGGCAUCACUUCAUGAAUUAAUGUUAACGUUCAAAGUCUGUUUUAAACGGAAAGUGAAAGACUACGUUACCUCUACUUGGCCGCUCACUUUACAACAUGUUGUUAUUUACAAGACAACGAACAAGUGGACUGUUUGCUGACCCAUCUUUGGGGCUGUAAAUAUGUUUUUAACGGUAUAAUUCAGGCACCUGUUGGCAUAGGUCCUGGAGCGCCACCUUGGCUGAGAGUGUUUACAAUCUGAUUCCCUCUAACAACAGCUGAAUGUGCGCCUGCCUGCUGAAGACCCCCCAAAUUGCACUUUAAUAUUUGUGUGAUUCCAUGCUCCUACAUGCCCUUGUUGGCAUCUAAUGGAAGAAAAAACACCCAUCAGGCCUGCCAUGGUAUCCAGAUUGCCUAAGUUUGGUGGACGCUCCUCGACUGGUGGCGCUAGCCCCUUGUCAAAUGGUUCCAUACAGCCAGCUACCGCUACCCAGGAUGUUAAGACAACUCCUCAAGGAACACACCCAAAUGGCAUAAUCCGUGCCUCUCCGUUUUCCCUGAAAUUGAAGAGAGAGGAGAGGACAACCACUUCUAGCCCCAUCACCCCCACCAGCCCUGGGGAUGGAGGUGAAGACAAGGCUCAGACACAGCUUCCCUCAUUGGCAAAGGAGGUAAAAAAUUGCUCUCCAGCGACGCCCAAGAUGCGAAGAUCAGGUUCUUUGAUGGUAGCGGUCUCCAGUCCUAAGGCCAUCCCCAAGCAGUCCUUGAAGAUGAGUCCCAAAGUUGGAACCAAGCUAGGCCAAAGUCCCCUGAACGGAGGUCCUAAAAUGGGCCACAAUGGCUCCAGCAUUCCUGCUCAAACAGGAUCAGAGUCUCGCCUUGUGCGGCCGAGGUUAGGCUCUAGCUCUCCCAGAAGCAGCUCUCAAGACAGCCUGUCCCAGUCUAGUGACAGCCUGAAGAACUUGGCACUGGACAACAUGGUGCGUUCAAACAGCUUCACUCAUUUUAAGCAGAUUCCCUCGCCCACCAGCCAGCCCAUGACACGGUCCUUCUCUUUUAACCGAGCUGUGGAGCUAGCUAAGCCCCUGACCAACACUCAGCUCCGGCCACCUCGGAGUAGUUUCCUUAAACCCCCUCAGCUUAGCAAUGGAAGAGUGGGUUUGGGUCUUGGAGGCCUGAAUAGCAGCCUUGGAGGCUCAGGAGGUCUGGGUGGAGGACUUCAGUACAGUAGAACUCCUCCGGCUGCCUCCUCUCUGCCCACCCUCUCGACCCCUUCAGCACCCACUACUCCCAGCUCUCUGAGGAAGCCUCUGCUGCCCAGUUGUGUGCUGACCAAGUCAUUGGGAAACGGUUUAGGCUACAGGCUGCCUCGAUCCAGGCAGACCAAGCAGCAGAAGACUCUUUUUCCAGGUAGGGUCAAGGGGGAAAUCAGACCUUUUGUUGCCCCUGAAUGUGGAGGCCAUUUAGGAAAAGCAAUAGACUUUGAGCGCACUAGUGAGGCUGACAAAACAGACUCACGGAGUGAAAGUGAUGGAAGCUCUGGAGAUGCAAGAGGAAAAGGAGGAGGGAGUGAUGUGCUUAGGCAGAGCUCUGGCCAGGCAGCAGGCGAGACUCUGGAGGAUAUGUCCUUAUCUUCUGCCUCAUCUCUAGACAGAGUUGACAUUAGUGAAGAGUUUCUAGAUGACUUUGACAGUGUGGGAGAUGUGUUCAGUGAUGGGGACCUACCUGAUAACAGGAAAACUGGCAGCAGUACUCAAACCCGCCUGCACAGCUUUCUCAGUGAGACCCUUGACUGGGAGACUAUGGAUCUGGAAGCAGGACAUAAAGAAGAAAGCCCCAUGCAGGACUCCCAAGGACCACUGGUGUCUCCAGAGCGGUGUAAUGUCCUUCAGGCUUCUUCUGUGGAGCUGUCGCCUUCCAACAGCUCUGGUGGAACCUACAUGUGGGAUGAGGAUGUCCUUGAGCCCUUUGUUGGGCCUGGGACACAUCCAUGUGACAGCUAUGAUGACUCAGAGCUCAACAGCAUGGAUAUCCUGAACAACCUGGACCCUCCGGGAACCGGAGAGUUGGACGAUGAUGACCUCAUGCUAGAUAUGGACCUCCCAGAGGAUGGCUUGCAUGACACUGACAGGAUGUCCCACAUUGAGCGCUCAGAGAGGGCUGGUCGGCAGUGGCAGCGACGUAAACACCACCGCUGGAGUGGACCAGAUAACUUCCACAGUGAUAACAGGGCCCAUGUCUUCCAGCACUAUGAUGGUCUGAAGGCUUCAAGGAUCUCUUCACGGCCCGUCCCCUCUGAAGACAGACAGCAUCGCUACAUGACGAUGCUGGAUGACCUCACACUCGAACACAUGACCCAAGACUGCAGCUCCCUCAAGAACCAGCUGCUCAGGCUCAAAACGUUACUGCAGCUUGAGGAUACAGACUCUGAAGCAGAUGUUCCUGAGGAGAUUGAAGAUAAUACCACUGCAUCACAGUUGGAGGAGCUGAUUAAAGAAGUGCAGGUGCUCAGAAAGGAGCUGAGGAGUCGAGACAAGACCAUUGCUCAGCUCACAUUGCAGUGUCAACAGCUACAACAACAACAUCAGCGGAAAGAAAUGCCUGCUCAAGGACGGCAGUUCAGGUGUCAAUGCCACCACCAGAGGGCUCCCUCUUCACUACGACAGAGUGACAGACAGAUGGACAAAGGGAUGCUGCAUCACUAUGACAAGGCCACGCAGACAUACUGGAGACCCCCGAACCAUGCUGGUGUGCUGCCCACCCCCUUGCUGUCCCCGUGGCAGGCACAGCACCAAGGCUUGACCCGUACCAGCAUGCCCCAGCGCACACAGACCUCAAAUACUACAGCCUUUCAACCCCUGCCUCAACGUGCACCUCCACCAGGGAAGACCAAUAAAAACUCCCCCCACCGAGGGCCGCAGUGACCUCACAAGGAGAUCAGAGGAAGCAACCAAUAUUGAUGCUGACCGUCCUCUUGAAGACCUUAUGGCAGAUGUGUCUGGGCCAGCAGACCCAGACGAGCUGAGUCAUCUCCUCAGUACCCACCUGCACCGCUCAGGCUCUGUG